GAGGCCGUCAAUCUGCUUUAUAAGUCGUAAUUUAGUUUAUAAAAAUGUGUAUAUAAUAAAUAAUAAAUGUUUACAUCAAAAAUCAAUAAAAAUUUAUUAUAAUUAUUUUAAUAUUUUAUAUAUUUAAUUGAAUUUGAAGUGGACAACUACUUAGUCAUGCAAUUUAAAUGUUUGUCACUAUGAUACUUUAACUUUGAUUGUGUUCAUCUAUUAAAUUUAAAUAUGAGUUUUUGGCGAGAAGCUUCUAGCGUAAUACUUUUGACGAAAUCUUCUAAUUUAAAAAAUGUCUAUUGGGAUCCGUUCAAAAUAUUGUGCAUUAAAAGAAGUGAAAUCAAUUCUUUCUUACCUAAUUAUACAGUCUUUCCAGGGGGGACUGUAGAAAAAUCAGACUCUUCUCCAGAAUGGACAGACAUUAUUCCAGAUUAUACCAACACUAAUUUAAAUUUGAAUAUAAUUGGCUACAGUGGUAGCCCAGCUAUUAAAUUUGUAUCUGACAAUGAACCAGGUUCUAUUCCAAAGUAUCUAUCACUAAGAGUUACUGCUAUUAGAGAAACAUUUGAAGAAAGUGGUAUAUUGUUAUGUAAAAAAAUGAACUGCAGCCAACCUGAAACUAGUGCAACUGUCCAUCAUUUAGAUAUUGAUAACAUUGAUAGAUGGAGAAAAUUGGUUCAAAAAAAUGCAUCCAACUUUAUCGAUUUAUGUAAUGAAAAUAAUUGUUAUCCAGAUGUUGGUGCUUUGCAUUUAUGGAGUAACUGGUUAACCCCUUCACUAUUGAAGACAAAAUUUGAUACAAAAUUUUUUCUUGCUUUUAUUGAAACUCCAGUUAAUGCAAGUCCUGAUGGUGUUGAAACAUCUCAAAUAACAUGGAAUACACCAGAUGAAACAUUAUCAAGAUUUGUUUCUGGUUAUGAAAAACUUGUAACUCCUCAAUAUUAUGAACUAUUGAGAUUAAGACAGUUUACAUCAUUUACAAAAUUAACAAAUUUUGCUUGCAAAAGAAGUAUUGAAGGAUGUGAACAAAUAUUACCAAUGGUUAUUGCGACUAAAGAUGGGUAUUUAACUUUACUCCCAGGAGAUGGCAAAUUCAAUAAUUCUGAAAAAUAUUUAGAAGUACAAUAUGAAUUGGAUAAACCUAUGCAAGACUUUGACUCUGAUGUGAUGCACAGAUUACAUCAUACUGAAGAAUAUUUACCAAAAAAAAUUAUAAUUAAAAAUUAUACACCUAAGUGUAAACAUGUAUUGCCCGCAAAUUUACCUAAUUGUAAAAUUUGAAAAAAUUAAGUAUAAUAGCUUAUCACUUGCAAAUAUAAUGUGUCACAUUAAUUAAUAUCUUUUUGACCAUAAUUAAUUUGUGAAAUAUUGUUUAAUGCUACCAAACUUUGAUCUCUAUUUACCCUGAUCAAAUCAACCAAAUUUUUGUUUUAUUUGUUGUUGUUAAUUACUGUAUUAAAUUAUUUAGUUUUUAGUAAUUUUAAUCU